AUGACACGCUUCCUUGGCCUUAGGGGCAAUAGCCUCAAUAUCGCAGCAAUUUUGGGUGUUCUCAUGCCUGGAAUCCUCUCAAUUGGCUACAAUGCGUCGUCGCUUGGAGGUGUCUUAACCCAGAAGAACUUCGAAGCUCAAUUUCCGGAGAUCGACAUCGCCAACGCUGAGAAUCGGUCACAAGCAUCAAAAGUCCAAGGCACUGUUGUGGCUGCCUACACAAUCGGAGGCUUUCUGGGAACGCUAUCCUGUAUCUGGCUGGGAGAUAGGUUCGGCCGUCGCCGCACAAUUAUGGCAGGAUCAAUUGUGCAAGUGAUUGGGUCUACUUUCAUGGCCGCUGCAUGGUCACUCACUCACUUGAUUGCCUCCCGGAUAAUACUUGGUCUUGGUACAGGUGUUCUUCUUGCCACGAUUCCCCUCUGGCAGUCUGAGAUCUCCCCUGCCGAAAAGCGUGGUGCACAUGUCGGCAUGAAAGGAGUCUUUAGCGGCUUUGGAUGCGCUCUUGCUCUUUUUCUGGACUUCGGGAUGUCUUUCACUCAUGGAAGCGCCGCCUGGAGACUCCCUUUUGGUUUUGUGGUAUUGCUUUCCCUUGCUGUUCUAGCCUUCAUCAUCCUUCUUCCCGAAUCUCCCCGCUGGUUGAUUCGAGAAGGCCGAAUGUCCGAGGCUAGCGAAGUUCUAGCAGCUCUAGAGGACACUUGUGUUGAUGAUCCCUCCGUCGAAGCAAAGAUCAAAGAUGUCCAAAUGUCCCUAGAGUUGUCUGGCAAACGGUCACUCGGGCGAAUAUUUCACAUGGGUGCGCAAAGGACUUUUCAUCGGGCUAUUCUUGCUGGUAUGGUUAUGCUUUUCCUACAGCUUACCGGUUCCACAGUCAUCACUUUCUACACGACUGCGAUUUUUGAGAAGAAUCUCGCACUCGGCAAUUCAACAUCCACCGUUCUUGCGGCGGUCUACCAGCUUGUUGGUCCCAUCGGAGGCACCGUAUGCGUUCUCAAAAUUGAAGGCUUUGGUCGACGUGUACUGCUGCUGGGCAGUGCGAUCGGAAAUGCUGUGUGUUUGGCCUUGGUAGCCGGACUUGGAACACAAACCGAGAAUCCGCUCGCAAUGCGUGGUGCCGUCUUUUUUAUUUUCCUCUUCCAUUUCAGUUAUAUCAUCGGAUUUGGCGCGAUACCAUAUCUCUAUGCCACGGAGAUUGCACCCUUGCAUCUACGAACGACCAUCAACAGCUUUAGCAUCAGCAUCUCCUGGGCUAUCAGCAUUCUGAUCACUAAUGUCACGCCACUCGCGUUCAACGCCAUGGGGCAGACUUACUUUGUCAUCUUUGCAGGAUUCAAUGCGGCUAUGGUCCCUAUUAUCUACUACAUGUUUCCGGAAACCGCUGGGCGCAGCCUCGAGGAAAUGGACAGGAUAUUUAGCCUCUCUCGAGGCAUGUUGGAUGUUGUGCAUGUGGCUAGGCUUCUCCCGCAUGGGCAGUCGAGAGACCUUUCGCUUGGAAAGGAUCUUGUCUCUGAUCUCAAACGGCCAGAGCUUCAGCUUCGGGAGGUACACUCAGCUUGA